UUUCCGGGGAAAGCCGUAAAAAAAAAAAAGAUUGAAAAAAGGCCCUAGAAGAUGGCGGUACUGGCGGGGCGGGGGCGGUGGCUUGGGGUUUGAAUUUUAGCGGCGCCAGUGGACUCUGGGCGAUCCGAUCCGCGGGGCUGGAGGGGGGAAGGGACCGCUUGGCUGGGGGACCCGCAGCCAACUGCUGCCACCGCCAUGGACUCGGUGCUUGGGGAGGACGCCACCUUGCCAGUGGGGCUCAACGGCAGCAGUGUUCUUAUUUCAAAUUUACCAGAUGGUUCAGACAUUGAUCCUAAUUUUGGUCUGGGAAGCACUGUGUUCCCAAGUGCUUCAGAAGAAACUGUGUCUCCCACCAGAGUUCGAAACAUGAAAGAUUUUGAAAAUCAAAUCACAGACUUGAAGAAAGAAAAUUUCAACUUGAAGCUUCGCAUCUAUUUCCUUGAGGAAAGGAUACAGCAGAAAUUUGACAGUCCCAAUGAAGAUGUCUAUAAAAUUAACAUUGAGCUGAAAGUGGAGCUGGAAAGCUUGAAACGUGAACUGCAGGAGAGGGAGCAUCUCCUUAUCAAAGCCUCGAAAGCAGUUGAAAGCCUGGCAGAAGGGGGUGGCUCAGAAAUUCAGAGGGUGAAAGAAGAUGCUCGCAAAAGGUUGCUGCAACUUGAAGACCACCUAACGAGGAAAAUCUUUCAUUUAGAAGAGGACGUUAAAGCAGCCCAGGCAGAAGUGGAAAAGGCCUUUGCAAUGGCAGAGAAGGAAAAGGUUCUCAGAAUAAGUUUGGAAGAAAAACUUUCGUCUCUGCAGAUGGUGCAGCAGGGAGAUCUGGAGGAGGCCCUAGCCGAGGAAGAAAAAGACAGACUGAUAGAAGACUUGAAGCUGUCUUUGAAGAAAAAAGAUGCUUUAAUUCAGGAACUUGAAGAGGCACAAUCUCAAAUGGCAUCUCCUGAUGAGAACUUGUCAUCUGGAAAAUUCAGAGACCUUAGUGCUGCUUUAAGGGAAGGAAAGAAAUUAGAGAUAGAGGCUAUUCAAAUGGAACUGAGAGAUGAGAGAAACUGCUUUGAAAAGAAAAUCUUGGUUCUUCAGGAGGACAUAAGGGAAAAAGAUAAAGAAAUUGCUCUUGAAAAGAAAAAUGGUUUGAAGAGGGAUAAAACAAUUCAGGGUCUAACUGUGGCCUUAAAAACAAAAGAUAAAGAGACUGAAGAACUUACAUCCAGAAUUGAAGAGCUGACUACUUCCUUGGCUAAAGCAAGAGAAGCUACCCACAGUGCCCAGAUAGAAAAAAUCAAGGGGGUUGAAGAUUUUGAGACCAUUUUGCUGGAAAAAGAAACACUUUUAACACAGCUGCAUGCUGAAAAUCGGAGGAAAGAUACUGAAAACCAUAGGCUACAAAGAAACAUUGAAAAGCUUAAUCAAGAACUAGAAGAUUUUCAGCACGAGAGGGAGAAAUUAGAGAAGGAAUUGGAUGAAGCCAGACGACAGAAGAGCCAUGGAGACAAAACAAUCAAUGAUCUUCGAAAUCAAGUAGAGAAAUUACAUGGUGAAAUAAUUGAGAAAGAGAAGUCAGUGGAGCAACAUUACAAAAUCCUUUUGAGUGAAAGUAAUCAGAAAUUGCAAAGCCAGGAACAAGUUAUGAAAUGCUUAACAGACAGUGUCAAUCAGAAGGAUAUCUUGCUGCAGCGACUCGAUGGGAAGAUCAAAGAAAAAGAUGUAGAACUUGAACAGCUUUUUAAUCGACUAAAUCAUCUUUUAAAAGCUAAGGAGGAGCUUGAAUUGAAGAAUGAAGACUUAACGGAGAAGUAUGCUUCUCAGCAGCUAGCAGUCAGAAAAGCUCAAUCCUCAGAGGAAAAGCAAGGAUCUGAGUAUGAAGAGCUGGUUCAUGCUUUAAAGAAAGAACAGCACAUUUAUUCUGAUUUAGUAAAAGCCCUGAAAGACUCAGACAGUAUCAACAACCUGCAGUCAGAGUUGAACAACAUUUUUUCAUUGCGCAAGCAGCUAGAGGAUGAUGUCCUGUCUUAUCAGAACUUGCGGAAGACCCUAGAGGAUCAAAUUAAUGAAAUUAAGAAGCAAGAAGAAGAAUCCAUUUCAUUUUAUAGUGAUCAGACGUCCUAUUUGAGUAUUUGCAUUGGUGAUCAUGAUCGUUUCCAGACAGAACAUUUGUCUCUAGAAGAACUUAAACAAAGGGUUAAUGAACUAGUGAUGAUUAUAAAGGAGUUGCAUUCAGAUAACCAAGACCUCAAGAAAACCCUUUUUGAACUCUCCUGUUUGGGUACACAGGACAGUGGGACAUUAGACCAGAGUGAGCUCUUGGGGAGUAAGGAAGAUGAGGAGGAUGCUACAAAGGCUGAAGAUGUGGAUGAGGAUGAGAAGAACUUAUUGAGUGAUCAUCAUUCGUUGUGGAGCAGUGAGGUUACAUUGGACUAUUCUAAGCCUCCCUGUAAAAAGGGAUAUUUAAGGAAUCAGGAUGAUUCUCAGCUCGAUUUUGAUGUAGUUGGCGAGUCUUAUAGCCACAAAGACAAAUGUCAACGUGGAGGCGAGGAGAUGAACUUGUUCCCUUCACCUUUAAAUGAAAAUAGAACAUUAUUGCUGGAGCCCAGACCAGAGCUUAUGAAAGCUGUAAGUGAACUACUCCUGGAGCAUCUGGGCAUGACUGAACAGGAACUUUCUGGCUGUGAUCUAGAGGAUAAGAAUGAAAAGACUCUUAAGCAAAUAAUUAUUCAGCUAAGAAGUGAACUCCGACGUUUUAAACAGGUCAAUAAAUUUUUAAGGCAUCAUGUAGACCUGAAAUCGGUAUUUGAUGGAAAGGAAAGAUUUUAUCCUGCUACAACAGCACACCUUAAUAAGGCAAUUGAAUUGUCCAUGGUGGAAGUGAAAGAUUCAGUUACACAAACAAUGAACUCAGAGGGCUACACCAUGAAAUUCAAACAUGAAGGGAAGAAAGAUGCUGCAGAAGAAAAAACAAAAUAUUCAAUAUUUAAUUCAGAACAUCAGCACGAAAAUGUGCAUAAGAUGCCAGAGCAGCAAGAUGUUCUUCUUCUCUCAAGCAUUGUAGACAAAAGCACUAAGAAAUCCCGUUUACCCAUUCUAUUAAAACCAUCUAGAUCAUUAGGAAGUAUAAACUUAAACUCUGCUCCCCAGGAGACAGUGCUUUAUCUACAGAACCAGGUAGCUGAGCUACAUGGAGAACUCAAGGAAUGUAAAAUUCGAGACAAACAUCUUCAACAAAAGUUAUCUUUGACUGAAGCUCUGAUUGAAGAGAAGCCAGUGCAAGACAAACUCUUGCUGAAUGCUGAGCCCUCAUCGAAAGCAGUUUGCCAGGAGAGCGAGGUGGAAUUAAAGGAUCCUGAAGGUGAUGCCGGUGGGAAGGAGGAAAAAGAGCAGGAGGAGGAGAUGGAGGAGGAGGAUCAGAGAAAGAGUCCAGAACUUGAAACUCAUCAGCUUAACAACCUUGACAUCUUGCCCUCAAACAAAGAAAGUCAUUGUGAAGAUUUUGUAGAUGAAACUUCAACAGCAUCUUCUUCAAGUUCCAAGAAUCUUUCUCUUAAAGUAAGUGUGAAUGGGACAGAUAUUUCUGAUGAAUUUGAAAAUGUGGAUGAUGCUGAACAUUUAAAACAACGAAUUAGAGAUUUGAAAGCUGAACUUGAAGGAUACCAGAAAUUCAAAUUUCAGUUGGAAGCUUCUCAACAGUCUCAGUGUAGUAAAGCUAUUAUCACAGUCAUGUGUGGUACUGAAGGGGCUGAGGAAGGACAGACUAUAUCAAAGGGGGACACUAAUGAAGAAGAUGCGAAGACAUUCUCUAGUUUACAUCAAGUUCAUUAUGUAAAACACACCAAAAUCCUUCAUCCAUUGACUUCAGAGUUGGCUGAUGGAAUAGUAGAAGACCUAAAGCAAAGGUUGGAGAAGCAGAAGUCUGAAUUAAAGAGAGAACAGACUGUGAAUAUGAACCUUCUUGAGGAAAUACUUACUCUUCAAAACAGACUCAGAGAAUCAUCCCCUACGAGAUACGAUUCAUUAGUUCAGUCCCAAGCCAGGGAGCUCUCAUCUCAACGGCAACAGAUUAAAGACAGCCACAGCAUCUGUGUCAUUUAUCGUCAGCAUAUGACCAACCUUAUUAAAGCUUUUGAGGAGUUGCUGCAGGCCAGUGAUGUUGAUUACUAUGUAGCUGAAGGCUUCCGGGAGCAGCUGAAUCAAAGCAUUCAGUUACUUGAGAAAUUGGAAAAGAUGUUUCUUAAUGGAAAAUCAUCCGAUAAAGAAGUCAGCAAACAUAAUGAAUUAAUCAAAAGGGCUCCAGAGGAUGUCUCAGUAUCCCCAAUUCUUGAUGAUAAACCAACCUUGCUACCAGCUACUCAAGUGCUGUCAGAUUAUGAAUUGUCAGAAAAGUCCUCCUUUGAUUCUGUAGAACAAAAGCAAGAUAGUGAGGAUGUAGACAAGAGUUCCAUUAUGGCUAACAAUUUUUCUCAAGACUUAUUAAUGGAACAUCUGCAAGAAAUUCGAACUUUGAGACAACGUUUAGAAGAAUCCAUUAAAACAAAUGAAAGGCUGCGGAAACAGCUUGAACAGCAAGGGGGUGAACUUGAACAAGGUUCUGCAAACAUUUUUAUCCAUGGCCCAGAACAACAUAAUUCCCUUACUUCUGAAAUUCAUUUCCUGAGGAAGCAAAAUCAAGCCCUCAACGUGAUGCUUGCAAAAGGUUCAAGAGAUAAACAAAAGGAAAAUGAAAAAUUACGAGAAUCCCUCUCUAGGAAGACUGUGAUCAUUGAACACCUUCAGAGGGAUUAUGAAUGUGUCAAGCAAGAAAAUGAAAGGUUGCAGAAACAAGUCAGUGAGAAGGAGAAAGACAACAGGCAUCUGACUCAUGCGAUUUACAGCAGCCAUCAUGAAUUAAACAGGAUUCAGACAGAAAUGAAGGUUCAGCAACGACAGUACUCAGAGAAUGCCAAAUUAUUGCAGUCACUCCGAGUUGAACUCAAGGUAUAUGAAAAGCUGGAAGAAGCAAACAGAAGACAGAUAGAACCUAGACAAGAUAUGUCUGAGGAAUGCAGAAAAGAGCAAAACCAUCUUCUGGACUUGCAUGAACUCCUGACAGAGAUACAGAAUUUGCGGGUUCAACUAGAAAGAAGCAUUGAGACAAAUAAUGCCCUGAGGAGCAAGUUAGAGGAACAGCUUUCAAAGGGGGAGGACACUAUAACUACAGUGACUUCUAGCCUUCCUAACAAAGAAUGGCAGCUUUGUCCAGGAAAUAAUGUUGAUAAAGAACCCUCCACAGAAGACAAAGAACGAUGUGAGCUGUCAGAUCACAGUUUGGGACUGCUGCCCAAAUCAGAAAAGACAGAAGUAUCUGGAGGGGACAUGGACAGUUCUUCCUGCUGUAGCAGCAGCUCCACAAACAGUACACCCUGCUCUCCCCGCCUAGUUCCUGGUCAUCGAAUGUGGGCCAACAAGAGUGGACGUCACAUUCUGGGGUUGAUUGAAGACUAUAAUGCUUUAUGUAAGCAAAUUUGUGAAGGCCAGAAGCUACUUUCAGAAAUGGAAGCUUAUCUUCAAGCCAUUUCUGGCCCCCACGACCAGGAAAAUGGAUUAAAGGUUUCAGACCAGGCGCCUCUGAAUCGUUUUUCUGACAGUGUUAAUACAGCACAGCAGAUAUUAGAAGAGGCAGCUCGUUUAUUGAAGCUUCUCUGGAGAGUUUCCCUUCCCAUAAAGGGCCACUGUCCUACUCACUCUAAUCAGAUUGCUGAAAUGAAAGCUGAAAUCAGCCGACUGCACAAGAAAGUUUCUGAGCAAGAGAAGAAGCUAUUUAGUACAGCUAGACAUUUACAGCUGAGGAAACACCAGGAAAAAGUCAUCUUCGAUCAGCUGGUUUUAACCCAUGAAAUCCUGAGGAAGGCUAGAGGAAACCUUGAGCUUAAACCAGGGGGGCCAUCUCCGGGAACAACCAGUUCCUGCGCAUCAGAAUCCUGAAGGACAACUUGUGCUAAUAAAUGCAUUAGUCUCCCUACUGUGA